AUGGACAAGAAAGUGGGCUAUAGGGAACUUCACAUUGCGUCACUCAGCCUCAGUUCAUUUGUAUUCUCUGAUCAAGAUCUACUCCAAAGAAAUGAUCAAUGGUAUGAUGGCAGUGUGAAGCCAAAAGUUAAUUUACAACAAGUAGCAAUUACACAGAUUGGGAAUUACAAUGUCAGCACUAAAGAGAAUUUGGAGAAAGAAUCUGUGAUCCACAGCCACUACUGUCCACUGAAUGUCACUAUUAAUGGAAGCCCCUGUAUUCUAUUCUGGGCCAGAAGGAUCAUGAUUAAAUUUCAGAACCACACUCAGCUGGACCUAACAGACAAAACAUUUGGUGUUCAUGCAUCGGUGGAUGUUGCUGAUUCAAAUUGCAGUGAAGAAAAUGCGAUGCUUUCACUUAAUUUUGGUGACAUUGACAGUUUGAAAGGAUUUGUUAUCAGAUUCAUUCUGACAAACAGUUACUAUAAGCUCUCCGUUCAAAAUUGGUUCACCUUACACAGAAUCCAGCUUAUUUACAACCAAUCUGUACAAGCAACAUUCAACGCAACACGAAUACAUGCACCAUCAAUCUACUCUUAUCACUGUGAACAUGUCAGCAACUUGCAGAGAUAUGAUGCACUGCUGACACCCAGCUCUGCAAAUGAUGCAGCCAAGUACUGGGAAGUUACUUUUAUUGACUUUCAGAUUCAAGGAUUUAACAUUGAAGAUGGACAGUUUGCUUAUGCAAAAGAUUGUGCUUCCCUCUUCCCACCAGCCAUUCUCAUGGGUCUAGUGAUGUCUCUGAUAUUGCUUCUUGUUUUAGCCUAUGCUCUUCACAUGUUGAUACACCUGAAAUCCAUUGACAGACAUUAUGAAUGCAAAGCAUCUCCUGCUUAUUAUCCAGAGAUGAAAGAUAUUGAUACAGCAGAUGAAAAAGAGCCCCUGAGAAUCAAUGGGCUCGAAACCUAUGAACUUAGAAGCCAACAAUACUCUAAAAUCUAUAUCUAACCAUUAUCUUGGGUGGUUGUUGUUCCCACCCCAUGGUUAGACAGCAAAAUGCUUCAAGGAACUUUUGCUUCCUGUGACCUCACGACAGUACUGAAACAGAAUGUCUCAACUUUAAUUUGAAUCAAACAAUUUCAAGUUCUCAUGAUUUUGCGGAGAUAAAAGUAGAAGUGCUGCAGCAGAGUGCUUAAUUACUCAUAAACUCCAAAAACAGAUCACAUGAAUGAGUUUAAUGUUGGGUUUUUCAAUAUCUAAUUCAAGAGCACAUUUUUAAAAGGAGCUGUCUUGUGGUCAGGAAUGUUUUUAGAAUAAUAAUAUUGACUGUGUGAUUAAUUAAUUGCCUGGAACUUAUCUAACAAGGUGGAAUUUGCUGCUGUUCUAAAGCUGCCAAAAUUUUCUUCCCAAUGAAAAUAAAAUGUUACAGCCAAAGAUGCAUAGCAAAAAUAAACUUGAGGUCAUUUCUUCAGAUGUGGCCCAGCAACAUCAUGUUCCUUCUGCCAUAACACUGAAGACAAGCUUUUCCCUUUCUGCAAUAUACAAAUGACAUCUAUCUUGGUGUAACAAAGAACAUUUUAACUGCUAAUGAGCUGAAAAAUGACUAUAUGCAUCCUAAUCAUUGUGUCUAGUGGCAGUGUGAAAUGCAAAUGCCAGCCAACCAGCAACCAGUGUAUGGCUUUUGAAGAUAUUAUGUGAAUUCUGUCGGUUACAUUUCACUGUUAUGCAGAUUUGCUGUGGAUAUGUUAUCUUGUGAUGCUUUUUCAGGAGUGCCCUCAGCACUGAGCAUUGUUCACUUUUGUUGUAUCUCAGUGAAGUUAUAAGCAGUUUUUGAUGUUCCAUUCUUCUAAUA